AUGUUUUAUUUUAUAAGAGAAUUUUAUUUACUGUUUGCUCAAAAAUGUCGUCCAAUAAUCUGCAUUUUGUUAAGCCACAACGUUGAAAAUUGGAAAUGCACAAGAAAGAUUUGCAGUUGUUUUGUCGGUUUUCUAGUGGCGACUGUAUUAUGGCUGUUACUUCUGCUGAAUUUCCAGUUUUCUUGGAAAACUGAAAUGGUGAUAUUGGCGAUAAUCGUUGCUUUUGUUGGGCUCGGGUUUUUAUUUACUUCGAGUAUAAAAUGUAUUAGUUUUCUAAUAUUUAUUGGAAUGGCAGGAAAAUCUGGACGGAGUUAUUUGCGAGCUCUCAGUUUCGCAUACAUAAUUACAGGUCCUAUUACUAAUUUGGCUGCAAAUGGUGGAGAGGUUGUCCAACUGUUUGCAUGUGCCACAACGCUUACAUACAAUUUGACUAAGACCCGAUUAGAUCUUAUGACAAAACCAUUUCAAAAAACAUUAACGUCGAUGGAAGAUGAUGUAAUUGAUGUAGAAAAGUCAUUUGAAAAAAUGAAUAAAGUCCUUUUUCCAAUUCACAUCGAGGUUGAGAGAACCGAUUACGAUUCAUAUUUUAAUAAAUCUCUUCGUAAUGCGGAAAUUAUGGGUAAUGCAGAACAUGUACAUAAGGCAUAUACAAAAAAAUUUGAAAUCCGUUGCAAAAGACAGUUAGUAAAAGGCGAAAAACGCUGCCGUGAAGCAUUUUUCAAGGCUCAGGUUGAAUGUGAGAAAACAUUUCCCCGCAUAGUUCGAACUUUACUGUGUUGGCCUUUUCAAGUCGAUUUCAUAUGCCACAUGAAUUUAUUAGGAAAUCCGGACAAUCUUUGUAAACCAAAUGAUGUUCUGCCUGUCAAUUUUGGAGAUAGUUAUACUCAACUGAAUAAUACACAGCAUAUACUUUAUAGAAAUAAUUCACAAAUAGAGGUGCAUUAUAGAGUAAAAGCACCAAUUCCAAAUGUGUCUUCCAGAAGUGCUAAUAAUAUAUCUGACAUAGUAGUGGAAGAAUUUAAUGCCAAAAAGAAAAUAUUUUAUAUAAUAAUGCGGAUUACUCAGAUUUUCUUAUCAUUGCUUUUUUUUAAGGUUAUAAUGGAUGCGAUAGUUUACCAUAAAAAGUACUCAGGCCAAAUAGAUUUUGAUAAUGUAUAUAUAACAGAGUACUUUCGGCAAGUUGAUGAUCGGCGAGGACGAAAUAAAAAAUCAACAAUUUUACCAUUAACAAAGUUCGAGAAAAAGGAUGUGGUGGACCUGGAGCGUGCAUGCCAACAUACUGAAAAUGAAUCGAGGACAAUGUUUUUCUAUUUCCUUCAAUUCUCGUUGGAGAUUCUAACCGCAUGCUUCUUCUUAAUGCUUGACCAUUUUAUCGUUACUUUACUUAAUAUAAUACGAUUCAAAUCAUUAAUAACUUAUGCUCAAGAAGGAGAACACAUAGUUAAUUUUCAGGUUCAAGGCUCUGGACUAAUGGCAAGAUUACUUCGUAGAACUCUGAAGAACUUCAAUAUUAAUGAAAAGAUUUCAACAUAUCUCACUAAUGAGUCUUGCUUGCCAAAUCCUUAUAUUUUGCCGAAAAAGUUUUAUUUGAAGCUAGCAGCGACAAAUGCAGUAAUUAUCGUACUUAUAUACAAAUGCUACUACUUUAUGCGUAUAAGACGGACUAUUUGUAGUUACUUUUACCGGAAACGCGAGAAGCAGCGUAUAUUAUAUUUAUACAAUAGGUUGCUACGAAAGAGAAAAACCGUUCUCGAGGUAAUGCGCAAGACUGCAGAAUCGAAUGUGUAUAAGCGACAGAUACGUCGUCAACUCAAUCUUAUAUUGCGCAUUCGGUUAAAAUGCCCAAAUUAUUGCAGUUGGUUUAAAUUCUGUGCUGCCGGCCGCCUUAAAUGCUUAAUUUGCAAUGGAUUGGAAGAACACAACCGUACCGGCGGAUACUGCAUUGAAUACUUUCAAAGCUGGAAUGCUUUCAUCCAUUCGAACAAUAUGACCUAGCUAGUUUAGUUGCUGUUUUUUUAUUCACUAAACUAUGACGCCUCAUAACUCAUACAACUCAUCAUUCCAUCAUCUGUGGUAUGUUCCAUUACUAAUGUUUAAAGGACCAUAAAUCUUUCGCAAUACCUCUUUCUCGAAAACUCCUAGUGCCAUCUCAUCAGAUAUCAUCAUUGUCCGUGCUUCUGCACCACAUAACAAGACGGUAAUAAUGGGCAUCUGGUAGAGAUUGGGUUUAGUUCAGUCGAGAGACAACUUUACUGUUCAAUAUUCUACUUAGUCCAAAGUUUAACCUGUGGCAUUCUGUGUUUUAUUUCAAGACUAACAUAACAAGUCGUUAUUCCGUCUGAUUAUGCAAGUCAUAACUUAAAUAAAAAUUGAUCUUAAUGAAAUUACUGUAAGGUGGUUGGCA